GGUGAAAACUGGAGAGGCGGCUGUGAGGGAAAUGAAUUGAGAGAGAGAGAGAGAGAGAGAGAGAGAGACGCUUGCAGUUCUGGUUAGGAAAUUUAUUUCUACAAAAACCCAUUUAUUACGCGUUUCCAGAACACGACAAAUUCUCGACCCAAUACUAUUACUUCAUCUUCCCAGAACCAACAAAUUCAUAAAUUAAAAAAAAAAAAAAUUUUCAAGGCAGAAGGUGGUGGUGAUGGUAGUGGGUUGGAGAAAAAUUAUGACUUCCAGUUCUGGGAGAUGUAGCUUCUUUCCCAAAUGCUUCUGAGGAAAACCCAGAUAAAAAGCAGCAAGCUUUGAGAGCAAGAGACGGUUUUUGUGAGUGGGUGUGUGUGGAGAAUGAAGGGAACAUGCACAAAUCCAAGCUGAGGAGACUACCCAUUUGUUAUUUCUCUUCUCUUUACCAAAUCCCGAAGUGUAUAGACUGACACUGUGCUGUUGAUGAAGAACAACUUCACAUAGAAGAAAAGAUUGCCAUCUUUACAAUUUUGAAAAUCUAUUUCCUUUAUCAUAAUUCAGGACACUUUUAGCUGUUGUCUACAAGAAUGCACAACUUUGAUAAGAAAGACUCAGGGUUAAGUUCUGCUGCCCAAUCAACAAUUACAAACGUUGUUAGCUGCUCAUCGUGGGGGAACUCAUCUGAAUCUCAUGUCCAACAAUUAUCUGCAUCUGGAAGUUUAAGCUUGAAGAUGGGAGCUCUGCACCAACAUUUUCAUAACAUCAGAAGGUUAAGUUUUCAAUUUCAAGACCAGGACUCAAUAUCAACUCAAUCAACUGGUCAAUCUUACCCAAAUGUGGCUAGCGUUGCAGAUGGCAAUCCUCAUGGGCAAAAUAUCGUUUCAGCACUAUCAGGAUAUGAUGAAGCUCAUGGGAAGAGUGUUGUCGCUCAAACUAAAUUAGCGUCAUCGAUUUUAACUCGGGACUCUGUCUUUCCUCCUCAGCAAGCUGAUUGUAGCCAACCACUUGCUCAUAUUCCUUUGCCCUAUGCUGAACCAUAUUUUGGUGGUAUGGUUACUGCUAGUUAUGGAUCACAAGCAAUGAUUCAUCAUCCUCAUAUGAUGGCAAUGUUUCCUGGUCGAGUCCCACUACCUCUAGAUCUUCCAGAGGAGGAACCCAUUUAUGUUAAUGCGAAGCAGUAUCAAGCUAUUCUCAGGCGGCGACGGUAUCGUGCCAAACUUGAGGCUCAAAACAAACUGGUCAAAAACCGAAAGCCAUAUCUGCAUGAGUCUCGCCAUCGUCAUGCUUUAAAGAGGGCUAGAGGAGCUGGUGGAAGAUUUCUCAACACAAAAAAGUUUAAAGAAUCCAAUCCAAUUAGCCAUGAACUGGAUGUUUCCGGCUCUGCACGGUUACGUCUGACUGGGAGCACAACAGAAUCACUUCAUCAACCAGGAAACUACAAAGAUGCUGCUUCAACUGCCUCUUGCUCUGAUGUCACCUGUUCUUCAAACAACAAUGCCAUCUUCCACCAGAACCAGAAUUUCAGGUUCCCUGGCUACCCUUCUCAUAUUGGCGUUACCACAGGCGAUAUGCAUGCUGGUGGGAACCUGCACCAUCCUUCCAGUCUCCUGCUGCCAAUCAACAGGGACUGCUAAGAUUUACUCUGUCCAAGCAGCAGUCUUUAUUUGGUGCUCUAAUAGGAAAAUACAGUUGCUAUGAUCCUUCGGGAAGUCAUCCUUGGCUGUGUUAGUUUGCCAUUAGUUUCAGUUUGCUUGUGUCCCAAAUGAUCAAAUAUGGAAUUCUACUUGCUGUGUCUUUAACUAUUUUCUCUCUUCAUUCGAGGUGACAUACAUAAACACUGAAAUACCAUGUUUGUGGGACAGAUAAACAAUUAUUCAGCUU